AUGGAGUUCUUCAACGACGCCGGUGACGACCCGCUGAAGCCCACGCUCUUCGAGCUUGUCGCGCAAGAGCAGCUGCGGGACCUCCUGCAGCCUGCUCUCAAGUAUUCCUCUCCAUACCCCCGAUACAUCCUCCGCAUCGUGAACCGGCACGAGGAGUUCUAUGCGCUGCUCAUGUUCUUCGUGGAGAGGCAUUAUCUUCGGAAGCAUGGUGCAUCCUUCUCAGAGAACUUCUACGGACUCAAACGGCGGCGGCGCCCGCUGUUCGAAACGGAGCGAGCUAGGGGCAGUGCCGGGCGUACUGCCCGAGGAGCGACUCCGGACCGGGAGAUCUGGCGGUCCCUCAUCUUCCUGGUGGGCCUGCCGUACCUGCGCACGAAGGCGCAGGAAUACUACGAAGACCUCGGCGGGGGGAUACAGUCCGAGGUGAUCGAAGAGAGCCUGGCGACCGGCAGGCGCACGGUCGCGGGUCGUCUCCGGCGGAUGUACAAGACAGUGUUCCCGCUUCUAAACUCCACCUUCGAAGUGUGGCUUCUUGUGCACAACAUCGCGUAUCUGUUCGACCGGACACCAUACUACCGGCCGUGGCUAGCGUGGAUUGGAGUGGAUCUGCGGCGAAGAGCCGCGCAACAGGCGAUGAAGCCCAAGUUGGACCCGGCACGCUCGCAAGGUGUGCUCCGGAGCUUGCGGCGGCUGUUGGUCUCGUCGCCCCGGCUCUUGCUGGACUCGUUCAACGUGAUAUUGCCAACAGCAAUUUUCUUUGUGAAGUUCCUGGAAUGGUGGUACUCGCCAUCAUCGCCGGCGCGUGCCUUGUCGGGCUCGCCUCUCGGGCCCGCGGUUGCGCCGCCACGUUUAGCCCGACCGCACCCGCAGGGGGUGCCGGUGGACGAGAGGGCGUACGGGGGCUGCCCGCUGUGUGGCAAGGGGCUGGCGAACGCGACUGCGCUGCCGUCUGGCUAUGUGUUCUGCUACCGAUGUGCGUACGAGUAUGUAGAUGAGCACGGGCGGUGUCCUGUGACGCUGCUGCCUGCGCGGGUGUGGGAGCUGCGCAAGAUCCUAUUCGGCAAGCAGAUCCAGGUCGAGCAGGUCCCCGGCUGGUCGGCCUACUACCUCGACUACAAGUCCCUCAAGAAGAUCAUCUCUUCUCUCCAGGCGGACCGGCCGCCAUCCGACGCAGAGGGCAUUGCCCACAGCCGUGUCAACCCCGGUGCAGCAGAAGAGUCAUUCAUUCUCGCGACGCUCGGCCAAGACGAUGAGAGAGGCCCGAAUUUCCAAGCCCAUAAAGCCGCCUUCUUUUUCAAACUCGAGCGCGAGCUCGAAAAGAUCAACGCAUUCUACCUCGAAAAAGAGGCAGAGCUCAAGCUGCGCCUCGAGACGCUGCUCUCGAAGCGGCGCGCCGCCGCUAUGCGUGUCCUGCCCGAUUCGCCCGACGACAUCACCAACAAUGUCGAAUGGAGUGCGGUCGAAGAGGGGUUCCGCCUCCUCGAGCGGGACCUCGGAAAGCUGCAGCAAUUUGUGGAAAUCAACGCCACCGGCUUCCGCAAGAUCUCAAGAAAUGGGAUAAACGCUCAAACCACACUCGCUCACCUUCGAACGAUGCAGUUGAUCUCCGAGAUGUCCGACACCGUGGCCGCCUGCCUGCUCGACAUCACAGACCUGUCCGUAGGUCUCAACUACGAAGGCUCGCUCGCCGACGAGAAGAUCCUCAGCCGUGAACUCGGCAUCGACCGCACAGACCGGAACGUGCCCCUCGGCCCGUUCCUCGACCUCGAGAGCAGCCUCCGGAAGGCCGUCACGGACAGCGACCGCGACGCGCUCCGCGAGCUCGUGCGCUACUCCGACUCGCUCUCGCAGGCACGCGGCGCGCGCAUGCACGUCACGCGCGUGCUCUGGAAGGCUGUCAUCGACGCGCCGCCCGACCUCGCGGACCUCAUCCUCGCGUCGACGUCCGGCCCGUUUGACUUCAUGUUCGUCGCGAUCGUCGGUGUGCUCAGACUCGUGAAUAUCUGCCUUGAGAAGGGCGUGCAAGCGGGCAAGGUGGACGUGUAUGGUCGCUCGGCGCUGCACUACGCCGCGAUGUACGGGCACGACGCGGUAUGCCGGAGGCUGAUUGCGGUCGGCCUAUCACCAGAUGUGACCGAUGUAGACAACUGCACACCGCUCGUAUACGCCACGCUGAGAGGCUUCGUCGGGUGCGUGCAGGUCCUCCUGGAGGAUGGUAUGGUCUCCGUGCGGAGUGCCACGCCCAGCGCCGACUUGAUUCCCCUGUCGCUCGCCGCCAGAGCAGGCCACAUUGACGUUGUGAAGCUUUUGCUUAGCCAUGGAGCGCCAAGCGUCCCGAACACUAACGGCGAGUACCCUAUACACCUCGCAGCACAGGAGGGACACGCGGAGAUCGUGCGGAUACUGGCUAGUCACGAAGGAUGGGAUCUGCCAGACAAGUACAACGAGUGGACACCGCUCUUCCACGCAGCUAGGUUUGGCCGUGACGCGUGCCUCAGAGUGUUGCUGGAGGAAGGCAGCCGGAUAGACCGCUUCGACGAGGCAGGUAACUCGGCGCUGUACUACGCUGCGUGGUACGGGCACCGACCAUGCGUCGCACUGCUACUCGAGACUGCAGCGCACGCUACCCCGGGGCCGACACCGAUCACGCAGAAGUCGCCUCUGACCGAUACACAGCGGUCGACGGGGACGGAGUCGGACAUUGACAUCAUCCCAUCGCUCUACCUGCCCCCGCCGAUGAUGCCCUAUCGCGUCUACGGGCACAACUACCUCGACAAGACGUCGCUCAUACAGGUCACGAUCGGGCACCCCACGUCGCGGUUCGGUACGGAGGCCCCGCAGGGGGUCGCGCUCCGCCGACCGCUCGCGGACUCACAGUACGACGAGCGGCACCUGCACUCUUCUCCGAUGCUCAAGCUCGUCAUGACGGCCACGCCGGCGAUCACGUCGGCGCCGUACAGCGUGCCGCUGCCCGUGCGGGACCAGAAGAUCGUGUUCAACUUCCAGGUCUCCGCGGCGAGCGCGCUCUCGCUCGAGUUCUCGCUGUAUCCCAACUUUGGCACGAGAACAAUAGGCAGGGCGGUGGCGCUGCCGUACUUCUUCCAGGGCAUCCAGAACGGGCACCCGUACGUGCUGCCCAUAUUGGAUCCCCGCCUGCAUGUCAUUGGAGAGGUGGCAUUCGAGGUGAACAUCAUUACGCCCUUCAGAGGGGUUACGUUGGAGAUUGGGGGUGCCGUCGAAACGUACUGGAAGUCAUUGGCGACACCCGUGCCCACGCCGUCGUCCAGACUGGUCCCGUCGAGAUCACAGCCAUCGACGCGAUCGAUGACGUCCGUGCAGACAUCGCCAUCAAAUCUCUCGACAACAGUGGCGUCCGGCCACUCGUUGACGCACUCGUCCGUAACGGGCAGUUACGUGUACGUGACCGUCCAGGUUACACGCGACUUCCACCCCGUGGCUUUCGCGCAGUGGCUGCUCCCAGAGGAGGGCUGCGACCUGGGCGUCGCUGACCUUACCCUGGAACAGUUCGGGGCGUUGGCCCAGCGCUCGGGGAGGUGCCUGAUGCAAAUGGACAGUCCGGUCCUCUCGCCGCUGCAGUGGUCCAAGCUGAUAUCGGGCUGCAUGAUCCCGCUCGCAGAGCUGCUGAGGGUCGUCCCAGCAGCUAUCGGCAUUUGCCUCGAAUUGGCAUAUCCGCCCCAGCGCGUCCGAGAGCGGCUUUCGCUGAGGCACCAACUCGACCUGAAUGAUGUUACGGACUCCCUCCUGCGCACGGUCUAUGACACCACCGCAGCGCCAGACGGCGCCGCGGGGCGCCGUCCUGUCGUGUUUACGUCGUUCUCGCCAGACGCCUGCGCUGCGCUGAAUUGGAAGCAGCCCAAUUACCCGGUCUUCCUGGCCACCCAAUGCGGCGAGCAGAGUCGCGGGCUGCCAAGCGCCACCGCGCUCAGUGUCGAUGACGUCCGUGACUACCGAUUUUCGAGCCUCGACUCAGCCGUCGAGUUUGCGAAGUCGAACAACUUACUCGGUGUCCUAUUGGAUGCGGGACUUUUGGUGCGAGUCUCCUCUCUGAUGCAGGGAGUGAAGGACCUCGGUUUGCUGGUGGGUACGUUCGGAGCCCAGGAGGAAUUGGCACAGCUACCAACCUCCGCUGGGGCGGAUGCAAACGGCGUAGAUGCGGCCCUGCAGGAUGGGGUCUUGACUUACUUCAACUCUUACAAGCGUAUACAGUAA